AUGCAAAAUCAAAAGAAAAAGCCGCCAAGGGGAACAAGCUUUCGCAUCUCCCCUCAAUCACUGCAGCGAUCGGUACGUUUCGGGGAGCCUGUGUCUCCCCAGUCCCGAGCUUUCAACGUUAAGUUGUACGUGACUGAAGCUCAGGAGCUCUACACAGUGACUGACUGUUACCGUGAGUUAACCAUGAAGAAUCUGAAAAGCCGGCUGGAGCUUUUGGUUGGCAUCCCUGUGAACUUCCAGCGGCUUCGGUAUCUGGAUGAAGUGGAUCUUGCCGAUGACUCCACGUUUAGGAAGAAUGAUAUUAUCCCUGGAGGAACUCUCACCAUGCGGAUCUGGCCACAAGAUGCUUGGGGGCUUUUGGUGACUGCAGCUGCAAAAGGAAAAAUCAGAAUGCUGCAGGGUGUAGGAGCUUCAAAGACCUCCACAUUUAACACUGCUAACGCAAACCUAAUGCGCCCAGAAGAGAGGAUCGAAUGGUUAGCCUUUCGAGCAUUUGUGGCCUUAUUCAUUACUGUGCGCCGGCGACACUUAGAAGCUGUGGAAUUUCUGCUUCAAAAUGGUGCUGAUCUGAGGCGUAAAACGCCACUGGGUAGAACGGCUCUGCAUGUCGCUGUCACAUCAGGCCACACGGACUGCAUUAAUAUUCUUCUCAACUGGGGGGCCAAGAUCUCCGAUGAGGACAAUGAGGGGCUUAACGCUGUGCUCCUGGCCCGUCUGUGGGGGCAGAAAGAAAGCGAGCGACAGCUCUUCCGGCACCAGUGGCAGGUGCGAGCAAGGCAAUCCGCUCACCCCUUGGUCAAGCCCAAAUCGGAGGAGCCUGUGGAAGCUCGAGUCCAGGACUAA